UGUGCUACAAAUUUUGGUGAUAUUUGUCACGCCGUUGGACAAGAAGCCACUGAGAAAUUUUUGAUCCCAAAAUUUUUUGAGCUCUGCUCAGAUAAUGUUUGGGGGAUGCGAAAAGCCUGCGCAGAGUGCUUCAUGGCGGUGUCCUACAGCGCGUCCCCCGAGGUCCGCAGAGCCCAGCUGUCACCCCUCUUCAUCAAGCUCAUCAGUGACCCCUGCCGAUGGGUGCGCCAGGCUGCCUUCCAGUCCCUGGGCCCCUUCAUUUCCACCUUUGCGAACCCCUCCAGGGCCGGCCUCUAUAUUCGAGAAGACGGCACCCUGAGCAUCCGACCACCAGCUCAGGAUUUGGACUCUGCUCUCGCCUCCGGGUCACCCAGUGCGGGCAGUUGUGGUAACACUUCCUCGGCCUGUUCCACGAAGCUGGUACACACGGAGCCGGACCUGCCCACGGAGGGCGCAUCAACAGGAACCAGCGAUCUCCUGCACAGCAGUAGCUCCUCUGGUGGCCUCAUGGCAAACUCAGUGGAAGAUUCUGCCUUGACUGGAGCUGAGUCAGCCAGGCUUUCCCCGGAGGCCGGUGCCUCCCUGAAGCUCCCUGAUGGGGACAACCUCCCCAUCCACUGCCACCCUGGACCGGGCUACUGUACCUGCCCAGAGAGUCCUGAGGAUGUAUUCAGUAAUUUCAUUUAUUGGCGAACUCCUCUCCCUGACAUAAGCAAGGACCUAGAGCUAUUUCUGAGUGAGGCUGGGCCCCAGGAAAAGGGCUGCAGCAGGCCCGAGACCGUGCACCACAGUUGUGUGGCCCGGAGCGAGAUUCAGAAAGUCCUCGAUAGUCUGCAGGAGCAUCUGAUGAAUGAUCCGGAUGUUCAAGCUCAGGUCCAGGUCUUAUCAGCUGCUCUGAGAGCCGCACAGCUUGACUCUGUGAAUGAGCCUGAGCACCAGCCGAUGGAAGGUCGGCAUGAGGGGUCCAUUUUCGACCCCAGCCCUGCCUCGGACAAUCAGACGGCUCUGUCGGCUUCAUCAUCGCAGAAGGAGCUCUCCGAGCCCAGGAUAUUACAAAGCACAGACCCUGGCAAACCCUGCGGUGGGGCCGUUGACCAGCUGGAGAUGGAGCAGAGGCAUCUCCCCGCCCCACUUGAGGAGAAUAAAUCUAAAUUACAGGAUGUAAUACCUCAACCCCUGCUCGAUCAGUAUGUGUCGAUGACCGACCCUGCUCGCGCCCAGACUGUCGACAUUGACAUAGCCAAACACUGCGCCUACAGCCUCCCCGGGGUGGCGCUCACCCUGGGCAGGCAAAAUUGGCACUGCCUGAGAGACACAUACGAAACGCUGGCUUCCGACGUGCAGUGGAAGGUGCGUCGGACCCUGGCCUUCUCCAUCCACGAGCUGGCCGUGAUUCUCGGGGACCAGCUCACAGCAGCUGACCUGGUGCCCGUCUUCAAUGGAUUUUUAAAGGACCUGGAUGAAGUACGAAUAGGAAUUCUUAAACACCUGUAUGAUUUUCUAAAGUUGCUUCAUGAAGACAAGAGGAGAGAAUAUCUUUAUCAGCUUCAAGAAUUUGUAGUGACCGAUAACAGCAGGAAUUGGAGGUUUCGAUAUGAACUAGCAGAGUAAGUAAAACCUGUUUGGGGAUAUGAGAAGGCAAAUUAGAUGGAAUAAUUCUUAAUUUUCCUACCUUAUAAUUGAUUUCUAAACUAGCAGUAAUAGUGUUCUUUCGGAUAAAGAGAUUAUGUUUUUAUUAAGGGAUAAAGUGAAUUCCAAAGCUCUAAGUUACAAAUACCACGGUCUCCGGGGAGACAUUCAUUUUCAGAUGCAGACAGGGCUCGAGUCACUGUGGAAUUAGUGUGUUCUGCUGUUCUAUAAGGCAAUUUAUUCGAACCAAAUAAAAGAUGAAUCACCCACUCUUCAAUAUUUUCCUGUUAAUCGGAAGAGUUUUUGCCAGAGCUUUUCUGAACAUUCUGAGUGUAGCCCUCUCUGCAGGGCACAGCGUGGUGUAUGCACUUCAGCUUCUAAAGAAAAUGACGCGACAGAGACAGACACGGAAAGGUCUCACCCAGACGAGACGAUUAUUAGAUAAAAACGUCCCCCAAGGUGGCUGCUUUCUGCACGUCAUUUUGUGCGUGAAGGACUUAUUUAAUCCUGGCUUGUGCUGGCCGGAGAGAUGUUAAAGGUGUGCCCGGUUCUAAAAGAGCUAAAGCUUUGAAUAAAGAGCUAAAGUCCCCUUCCCCAGGCGUGCCACGUGCUUUGCGACGUGCUCUGCGCGGUGCCGAGUGCAUUUGGUGGUGACGGUGGGCGGCCUGGUGUUAGUUUGCCCCUGCCCGGGGUUUAUCUCCCCAGCUUUAGUUUUCAUUUUUCUUACCCUCAACUAGAAAUCUCUCAAAUCAUUAUCUUUGCUGUAGAAAUCCAUCAGGCUUUUGCAGCUAUUCAGGAUAUGAUUUGGCCGAUGCCAGGGGCAAACUAAAAGAUUUUCUCUUUGCUGUGAUCUUUAAUCAUUAUGCUUAAUUUGAGAGAUUGAGGUUUUAGUCAUUAUGCCGUGUUCCCAGCUUACAUUCUGAGAGAAAAACAGGCCCACGUUUUCCAUGAAAGCAUCGCGCCCUCUAGCGGCCGUGAGAGGGAACUCGGCCAGGUCCGUCUCGGGCCGGGCGGACCUGCUUC